UGAUGACCCACCUAUCAGAAUACUGUCUAUGAGCUUCAUGGUUGGUGGCCGUUGCGCAACACCAUCGUCUAAUAAUGCCCUCUGCUCUCCGUUGGUUCUCUUAUCGGUUGCGAUGGGUGCAGCGCUGAGCGAUCGGGGCAUGUGUAUGAGUGGGGCACCCGCACCUUGGGGAAGCAACGGACUUAAGCUACCUGGAGCUUCGGUCUACGGCCUCAAGUCCGGGUCUCUGUCUGAGCAAGGUUUCCGACCAUAUAAAAGCAUGCUAGCUCUUGCAUCACACAACAUCACUCCAGAAUCUCGACUUGAAAACCUGUUCAUCCCCCAAGGAAACAACAAUGACAUCCACCGUCGUCUUCAUCACCGGCGCCAACACCGGCAUCGGCUUCCAGAUCGUCCGCGCACUCAGCGACUCGCCCCAGAGCUACCACAUCCUCCUCGGCGCCCGCUCGGCCACCAAAGCCCACGACGCCAUCCAAGCCAUCCAGACGGAAUUUCCCAACUCCUCGAGUACACUCACCGCGACCAUCAUCGACAUCGAAGACGACGCAUCCAUCCAACAGGCCUACGAAGAGAUCUCGUCGGCCCACGGUCGGGUAGACGUUCUAAUCAACAAUGCAGGUGCAUCCUUCGAAACCCCAGCCACGCGUGGUGACCUGACAUCAGAACGCGACCUCUGGAACAAAACCUGGAGCGUCAACACGACCAGUACGCAGAUCGUGACCUCGACAUUCAUCCCGCUGCUGCUCCAAAGCCGCGACCCCCGCCUACUCUUCAUCACCUCGGGGACCGCCACGCUCGCCGGAACCGAGAACCUGGCGAUCGCCGUCAACCGGGCCCCGACCGCGACCGGGUGGCCGAAACCCCCCUCCGGGCCCGGGGCGGGCGGCGUGCCGGCCUACCGCAGCGCCAAGACCGGCCUCAACAUGCUGAUGCGCGAGUGGCAUCGCAUCCUGCAGCCGGAUGGGGUCAAGGUCUUCGCCAUCUCGCCGGGGUAUCUGGCCACGGGGCUGGGGGGCAGUCCCGCGCAGAUGAGGGCGAUGGGUGCCGGGGAUCCGACGGUGGCGGGCCCGUUCAUUCGGGCGGUGGUGGAGGGGGAGCGCGAUGCGAAUGUGGGGAGGGUCUUGACCAGGGACGGCAUUCAGGAGUGGUGAUGGGUCGGGAUCUACUGAACUGAGCUUUCAUAUCAUACUUAUAAUGCAAGAUUUGUUACAGCAACCGACAAAAACAAUCCCACUCGAACGUCGAGGGAGGCGAAGGCUUGAUUGUCGUUCCGAACCUUGCUCAGGUAAUAU